GUAUAGUUACUCGCGUGGUUGGAGGACAACCAACAAGUGUUAUAAAAUAUCCAUUCAUGGUAUAACUAAUAACACGCUGUUGAAAUGUGGUUGAACUGUGACCGCAAAUAAGAAUUAACAAUCACAGGUAUCUCUGCAAAAAAAGGCCUUCGGACACAUUUGCGGAGGAACAUAUCUGCACGGUAUCAAUGUUCUUUCAGCCGCCCAUUGCUUUAUCGCGUGAGUUUGUCGAUGAGGAAAAUGAUCAGAACACAAACCUUACACAGAUAAUUCAACACCCGUUAAUUUUUUUCGAUAAAUAAUUAACAGUCAUGGAGAAGUGGACUUCAGGGUCGAAAAUCCGCUGUUAUUCAUAGCGAUUGCUGGUGCAUCUGAUGUAAAUUCGUUGUACGUUCCAAGUAUGCAAAUCCGAUUAGUGGUCCAUAUCGAAGUGCAUCCGCGUUAUAAUAAUACCUCGAAAUUCAACGACAUCGCAUUAAUCCGAGUUAGCAUUGCCAACGACCAAACGGAGGCUCAUUUUUAUUGUACGGUGAUGCAGCUGCACAUCAGUCCUGUAAUUUUUAUCUGAAUCCAAUUUCAGUUAGACAGGGCAUUUACGCCGGCAAAGGAAGUACUUCCUGUUGCGCUCGGACCGGUCAGCAUUGUCAACGAAUUGCUGUUGAGGUCCUCGAACGCUACUGCUGACCCUGCCAUAUUCUGUCAAGUACUUGGCUGGGGAUAUCUUCAAGAGGCCUCACCAUUGGGUCAUGGAGAAAGUCUGAUGAUGGCAAAAAUACCGCUUCUUUACCACGAUCACUGCUCAAAAUGGUACAAUAAAAGUCAACGGUUUUACUUUUCGAAAGAUCUACAGAUUUGUGCAGGUUUUCAGGAAAGUAGCAUGGACGCCUGUCAAGGGGACAGCGGUGGUCCGCUGAUCUGCAAUGGUAUGCAGAUCGGAAUCGUUUCAACUGGAGAAGGAUGUGGUCGCCGAGAACGUCCUGGUCUAUACACGCGUCUAGAUAUUCAUUUGGACUGGAUCGAAAAAAUCACCCCUUUGAAAUCUAGAAGCAUUUCAUCCUCAAUUGAUGUUUUAGCCCGGCCUUAUCUGCUGCUUAUAAUCUACAUACUCUAUUUUGAAUAAAUUAGAUUUUUCAUUUGUGAUGUGAUGAGAAUAUAGAC